AUGCGGCCGCAAGGGCGGAAGCUCGCUCUCAUUCUCGAAUGGCAGCCAAGGCGACCAGACCUAGGAGCGGACUUUAACCCGGAGUGGUACAGCGGCACAAGCGUCACGCCGGAUCCAAGGACCACGUGGUCUCUCACGAAGCCGUCAAGCGCAUACCGCGCCCCGAGCAGCGCCAACAGAGCGGCCCAGCAGCGCCCAACAAGCGUCCAGCGAUCGGCGUCAGUGCACCACCAGCGGCACCCACCCACGUGCCCACCAGGUGCCCACAGAGCGCCACCAGCAGCGCCGACAGCGCCGGACACGUGGUCACCAGCCACACAACGGGUGUCACCAGGAGCGCGCAACGAGCGGCCCCGCGCCCUCCGCAGCGUUCAGCGCCCAUCGGGCGGCGUUAUUUGCACCACCAGCAGCACCCACCGAGUGCCUACCGAGUGCCCACCGAGCGCCAGCAGUAGCGCCCACAGCAGCGCCCAUCAGCAGCGCCCAGCCGCGCCCUCAGCAGCGCCAACCGCGCCGGAUACGUGGUCACUAGCCACCAGGAGCGCCCAACGAUCAGCGCCGCCGCUCACCAGCCGCACUCACCGAGCGCCAACGGGAGCGCUAGCCGCAACCACAUCGGUCAGCCAGUGCCGCACGUCAGCAGCACCUGCCGUGCGCCCAGCGCCCAGUCACGCCACUAGGAGCGCUCACCAAGUGAUCCCCAGCAGAGCCAUCGGCAGCGCCACCGCGCGUAUGCCCAGUGUCUCGGGAAAGAAAACGUCAGAGGACGCAGAAUCAAAGCCAGAUCCGGCAGCUGCCGGACUGGAAGAGGACAGGUUUUUCACCGCAUCCGGGGGGUGA